AUGGCCAAGGAGUUGAGACCCGGGAUCUUGACGGUGUACCUCUACAUUCCCAACAUCAUUGUUUCAACCUUUGGAGCUGUUCUGGACAUGGUGACAGAUAGGAUUAGUACUGCUUGUCUACUGGUAAUUCUCUCCCAAGUUUAUAGGCCUGGCUUGGUUUUCUUGUCAUUGCUGGCUUUGGAUAUUGCCAGCCACUGGUUGCAAAUGUAUAGUACUUUCUUGGUAGGCAAAGCUAGUCAUAAAGAUGUAAAAGACAGCACUAGUUGGCUAUUCAAGGCAUACUAUGGAAACCGAAUAUUUAUGGGCUAUUGUUGUGUAGCUUGCGAGGUUCUGUACAUAACUCUAUUUCUUCUUGCGAAGAACCAGGCUGAAAAUAUGACUGAUGUUUUAGUGAAUGCUGCAAAACAAAGCUUAGUUCAUUUUACUCUAGUUGCUUUACUUCUGUUUGGGUGGGCAAUCAAGCAAACUAUCAAUGUUAUCCAG